GAGUAUACCCCCUACCAUUCCCAUCAACUUAAGUUGUAUAAAUAAGGUGUUUCUUUACUCUAAGCUCCUCACAAGCUCCAACAAGCUCUAAUCUUGAUCAAUAUUUGUUUUGUUUAGUGGUUUUAAUUAAGCUAAAAAUGGGUCAGGGAAGAGGCAGUGCAAGAGUAAGCUUAGGUUUGGUUGUCGGAGUAGCAAUGCUCUGCUUGUUGGCUCAAAUGCAGCCUACUCUUGCUGCUUUGUACACUGUUGGAGGUCCUUCUGGCUGGACUUUUAAUGUCCAAAAUUGGCCUAGAGGCAAGCCCUUUAAGGCUGGUGAUAUUCUUGCAUUCAACUAUGCAAGAAAUGCACACAAUGUUGUGGCAGUAACCAGUAGGGGGUUCAACAGCUGCACAGCACCAAAAGGGUCUAAAGUGUACCAAACAGGAAGGGACAGGAUCAGAUUGAGCAGGGGUGUUAACUAUUUCAUCUGCACUUUUCCUGGACAUUGUAAGGGUGGUAUGAAGAUUGCUGUUAAUGCUGCUUAAACUCUCAACUACUUCUCAUAUUAAUUGCUUGUCAGCUGCUACUUAUUGUAUGUUUGUGGGAGUCUAUUGGGCUUAUAAUUUAGUUAUUAGGGUGUGUCUGUGUGUCCUUUAUGUGUGUUUACUUAAUCCAACACAUAAAGGAAACUAAUAAGAGAUUGAAUGAUGUAAAAGGAUGACAAUUUCCAUUUUUCCUAGGAAUUUUGUUGGCUAUGUUAAGGAUUAAGUUUGUGAUAUUAUGUUAUGUGUGCUAUUUGAAAGA